CCGCCCCGAGCGGCGGCGGCGGCGACCUCACCCCGGUCCCGCCCGGUGCGCGGCAAGCGGCGGCCCCCGCGGCGGGGCUGUGGUGGCGGUAUGACCGUGUCCUGGGCUCUGCCCGCGCCCCUCAGCCCGGCGCAGCUGAAGCGCCUGGAGCAGCACCGCUACAGCGCGGCCGGGCGCUCGUUGCUGGAGCCGUGGCUGCAGCCCUACUGGGCCUGGCUGGUGGAGCACGUCCCGCUGGGGCUGGCCCCCAACGCCAUCACCCUGGGCGGCCUCCUGUUGAACUGCCUGACGGCGCUGCCGCUCAUCGCCUGCUGCCCCAGCGCCACCGAGCAGGCACCUUUUUGGGCAUACAUCGUGGGUGCAUUAGGACUUUUUAUUUACCAGUCUCUGGAUGCCAUUGAUGGGAAGCAAGCCAGAAGAACGAACAGUAGUUCUCCUCUAGGAGAACUCUUUGAUCAUGGUUGCGACUCUAUUUCCACAGUUUUUGUUGUCCUUGGAUCCUGCAUAGCAAUCCGACUAGGAACAAAUCCUGACUGGUUGUUUUUCUGUUGUUUUGUGGGACUGUUCAUGUUCUAUACUGCUCACUGGCAGACAUAUGUAUCAGGCAUACUAAGGUUUGGAAAAAUUGAUGUGACUGAAGUUCAGAUAGCCAUAACAAUGCUGCUCUUGACAUCUGCAUAUGGUGGAACAGCAAUAUGGGACUAUAAGGUCCCUUUGGUGGGCUUAGAACUGAAGUUCCUUGCAGUUUUUAGCAUAUUGUGUGGAACAGCACUUUCUUCAUUCAAUUACUUCCGUGUCAUCUUUGGUGGAGGGGUUGGAAAGAAUGGAUCUACAAUAGCAGGAACAAGUGUUCUUUCACCAGGCCUGCACAUUGGACUACUUCUCACACUGGCCAUUAUGAUCUAUAAAAAGUCUACAACUCAGCUGUUUGAAAAACAUUCUUGCCUGUAUGUCUUGACGUUUGGAUUUGUGAAUGCCAAAAUCUCGCAGAAGCUGGUGGUGGCUUACAUGACAAAAAGUAAAAUCUGUCUUCAGGACACUGCAUAUAUUGGGCCAGGGCUUCUAGUUUUAGACCAGUACUUCAACAGUUUCAUUGAUGAAUAUAUUGUUCUGUGGAUAGCAUUGUUCAUAUCCUUGUUUGAUAUGCUGAGAUAUGCCACUGGUGUAUGCCUACAGAUUGCUGCUCAUCUUCAUAUACAUGUCUUCAGAAUUUCAUCUCAUCAAGCUCCUGAACAGAUGAAUCGUACUACUCCUGUUUGAGGCUGCGAAAGACGGAGCAUCUAUACAUGAACUUAGCCUGAACCCAGCCCAUGGGGAAAUAGAAGAGAAGAUGGUAAAGACCAGUUCAGUUUGUCUGAAUACUGUAAACAAAUUAACCACCUAAGGAAAAUAUAUAGGCAACUUUUUUAGAGUGGGAAGGUUUGUGUCCCCAGAAUGCUCAAAAAUGCCAUGCAGUAGUAGGUGUAAGUUUUAAGGAUAUGAUUGAAGUACGUGGAUGAUAGGAAACUAAUGCAGAAAUUGGUCAGAAAACCAGAAACAUGAGGCAACACUAACAAACAACCUAGCACUGAGGAUAGGAAGCAGAAAAUUUUAACUGUAUUUCACAGCAUCAUGUAAUUAUCCUCAGAGGGCUGAGACUCAGCAGAACGGUUACAAAGCAGCAUAGUUACCUGUUACUCACCAGAGGCCCGUAUUACCUCAUACAUCCUUCUAGCAAUGUAACUUCUGUGUUUGCUCCUUCCCUGUGUCCUAGCAGACACAGAACAAAGAGAGCUCCAUACUGGUUGCUUGUUCUACUUCGGUUGCAACCUAAUAGCUGAAGUUAGUAAGUAAAUUAGCUGUCACUAAUCUGGCUCCCAGAACUGGAGAACCAUCAUGAAAUGGCUUGAUUCUGAACUAAAAAUACUAGAAGAAUCUGUAUGGACUGGUUUUGAAAUACAUUGAUACAAAAACAUCACAUUUGUGCGUGUGGGUGUGUGGAUGGUUUCUGUUUUAUCUACUAUUGUAUUAAGUCUAAGCAUUAAAUAUGUUAGGAACUCCCUAACUUGUAAAGGUGGAUAUUUGGGCAUAAUGGGUUUCUGUAAAAACAAACUGCAUGCAAGAUAAGCUUUAAUUUAUACUGAUCGGCUGUAAUGAGCUACAUUGAAAGAUAAAUGCUUUAUCCUUAAAACUUAGGCCUCCCUGUUGGAAUUGCAAGAAGUAAUAUUCCAUCUCAAAGGCUUGUAAUAACUUGUACUAACCAAAUGAGCUGGAUUACUUCUAGUGGUGGUUCUACAAGAACUACAUACCGCAAAAUGCACAAUGUUUAAUUAUGCUUUCUUGAUGUCAUAUAAAGCUGUGAUACUCAGCUCGUCAUUCAACUGAAGAAACCUGCUUUUGGGACAAAUUACAGCAGUUCCUAAAUCCCUUACCAGUACAAAGAUAUUACAAUGCCUAGGCUAACAAAAGAGUUAACAAAAUUUACUUUAAUUUACCAUAAUACACAUCAUUGAACAAUCUUACAUGAGCUACAUCAUACUCUGUGAACAUUUAUAACUGCUAAUAUGUCAGCAGACUAAAUUUUGAAACUAUGAAAAUCUUGAAGUCUGCAGCUUGUGAAAAAUGCUUCUAUUUGUACAAUGUACCUAAAGGCCUAAAGUUAUUACUUAAAACCUGGGUGUAAUGCAUUUUUCAUUAAUUCUGCCUAUCAUUACAAUUUGGCAUUAUAAAAAGUGAAACAGUUGAAACUGUUCAGUGCUACUGAAAGUGAGUAAUAUUCAUCAGUUAAAGAUUAAUUGGACAGACAGUAAAUGGUUUGGGGUCCAUACUGUGCUCCCCCCCAAGUAAUUGAUCUACUAAAAUACUUAUUUAUAACAUUAUCAGACACAAGAUUAGAACAAUCCAUGAAAGCAUUUAAUAGAAACUUUAAAACAUUUAAAUCUUAACAUAUUUCUCUAUGGCUAACGCCUAUACUUGUAUCAUGUUACUUAGGUACAAGUCGUUUCUCCAUUGAGCCAUCAGAAUAACAUGGACUGAAGAGACUUGCGAACAGUUGCCAUCUCCUGCUGUUGCUGUUACAAGAAAAGGAGAUAAUACUGAACAAAUGCCAUAUCAAUAUGAUUCCUUUGAGCCAAUUAAAAGAAUGUCAAAUGACUUUUUUAUAGAAUGUUCUAUUUUUGCAUUUAACGAACUUCUUCAUAGAUCUGGUACUUACAGUGUCCAUCAUAAUCUUCUUCUGCAACAUAGCCAUUUCUUUGCGGAGUUCAUUUUGUGCACCAACUAGAAGAUUUUCAUUGCUCUUCUCCAGCUCUUCCAUGCUCUGAAGUUAAGGGUAGUCUUAAUUCAAAACUCUUCAAUGUCAAAGGGUUAAUUUCAAACAAAUAAACCAUUAUUCAGAUUACAG